GCCAGACUCCGUAGCGAGAGCGUGUGUUGUUUCGGCUCGUGCGUCGAAAUAUGCUGUGUUCUUGUUGGGUGCCUAUACACAGCGUAGAUCUUUACAGAUCGAGUGAUCUUUUAGAAGACUAACAUUUCGUGGAAAGAAUAGAAAUUGAUUUAAUGCCGUGCUGCCACAGAUCACUUAAAGUAGUAAAACAGGGUGAAAGAAAUUGAAAAAAGAUAAGAAAAAGGAAGAAAAACAAAUACUAUACAUUCCACACCUGAAUCAAACUCACAUCUAUAAUCAACAAUUAACGAUAUACAUAGAUAAAUUAAAACAUAUACUCGAAAAUAUAGAAAAAAAAGUGUUAGAAAAGGAAGCGAUACCGAGACGGGCCAUGGUCAUCAUAGCGCAGGGGUGAAGGUCAGGUCAGGUCAGCCGUGAGAGAUGGAGAGGCUGCCCAUCCCUGCACAGGAGAGCAUGGACGUGGCCAACGUAGCCGCCCACGCCACGCCCCCUUCCUGUAGGACCCGCCCCUAUUCGCUGUGGAUCUUCGUCCUCGUCGCUGUUAACCUCUUCGUUGCAGCUGAGUGCCACAUCCGAGGCGGACAUGGACCCCACAUGGAUGUACAUCGGGGGACAGUAUCCCCACCCCCCUCCCCCCAGUUCGACCCCAGCCACUCAGCAGACGUCACGGCACUCGCUGGCACCACAGCCAUCCUCAACUGCCGCGUCCACAAUAUCAAGAACCAUACGGUGUCGUGGAUCCGUCACCGGGACAUCCACCUGCUGACCGUCGGGAGCUACACUUACACUUCCGACCAGCGCUUCCGAGCUCUCCAUAUGGACGAUUCCGAUGACUGGGUUCUCAAGAUCAAAUUUGUUCAGAUCCGAGACUCCGGUAUUUACGAGUGCCAGAUAUCGACCACGCCGCCAGUGUCGCACUUCAUACGUCUCAAAGUUGUCAAACCGUAUACACACGUUCUCGGUGGACCAGACAUGUACAUCAACAAAGGUUCUACGAUCAACCUCACCUGCGUGGUCGAAUUCUCCCCCGAACCGCCAGACUUCAUCUACUGGAACCACAAUGACAAGGUAACCUGGUUGAUUUGUGUAGUGUUUGCUGCCUCGUCCACUCGCAUGAGCUGGGACGGAGGGGAAAAGCUUUUUGCAUUAGUGCGCGUUGUCUCUGUUUCAGGAGAACACCCGGCAGCCAUGCAGCAUGGAGGACAAGGCACCUACACGUCCUCCUCCCUCAGGAACAUCCUCUCGCUCCUCUCGGUCCUCGCCGCCCUCCAUAGAGUCCUUCACAAGAAGGCACUUCACACACGACAUGGCCUCUUAUGUGGGCACUUAAAUCGUGAUUGCCACAUCAAGCUGGAAGACGGUUUUGCAUCUAGUUCAAAUGUGACACAGCCUGCGCAUCAAAGGAGGCUAGGAACUCUUGAACUGAACCUCUGCAACCAAGGCAUUUUAAAAUACAUUUGCAUUCUAGAAGACGGUUUUGCAUCUAGUUCAAAUGUGACACAGCCUGCGCAUCAAAGGAGGCUAGGAACUCUUGAACUGAACCUCUGCAACAUCAACCGGAACGAGGAGCACGUGUGGACAGGACUGUGGAUUGAGGGUGCUCCUAAUAGCCACUUUGAGAGGUACAUAGGUAUAGCACAGCUCAUGACCUCCAGUUCUAAUAACGAGCUCCCGCAUUCUCGUCUUGUGGGAAAUUCGGGGCUGGAGACUCUCAUAACAGGGUCUUAA